UAGUACUUCCUAAACAUCGAACAAAGCUACUCUCGUUUUUUGGUCUAACACAGGCUUUCAAGGAUACAGAAAACAGCAAUUGUGAAUAUUUUCGAUGAUGGAAAAGAGACAUUCUGGAUUUCUUAUCGCUUUGAUGCUUAUAACAUGUAAGCUAAUUUACUGUCAUGCAUUCCUUGAAUCCCCAGUGAAGAAGAAAUAUGUGCCUAAUACAAGAUUUAAGGAAGAAAUUCUGAAACUUGCGAAAGAUUCCGUGACCGAGGGCAUUUUAAAGGUCAGUAAAGAGCUCAAGAAAAACUUAGAGGACCUACGACUCGAUAUGAUGCGGCGAGAUGUGGAAUUGUAUGAGGAAAUAUAUAAUAUAAAGGAAAAUUUGACCGGAAAUGAUACCGCUAAAGAAAAGCAGACGACAAGUCUAGAUGACGGAGAAAGAAAAGUUUGGUUAAAGAAAUUCGAAUACUUAGAAGCAGGAGUUAAAAAGGCGUCCCAAGAAAGUAAAAACAAUGCUGAUACACUCCAAGAAAAUUUUGAAAGAUUAGACAGAGAAAACAAGAGGAUAUUAUAUCGGAUGGAUACAACUGAAAUAACCCUUAUGAAAGUGGCAUCGCAAUCAUUGGUCAACUUGAAUGAUUCGGAAGGACUGAUUUUCACAAACUAUCUGCGAAAACUCCACCGUGUAGAUGAUAGACUAAACGAUAUUAAUGAUACAAUGCAGGAUGUUUGUAAUUCAACUACAGAAAUGCAGAAGGUCAUUGGGACCUUUCAAUCAGAAGUAAUGGCGCUGGAAAGCUCUGUUGACGCCCUCAACAUUCGUUUUAAUUCAACUUUAGAUGAUAAGACUAGAGCAAUAGAAGAUCUUGCAGACUUCAGCGAGAAUAUUCAGCUAAACUUGACCAAGGUUUUAAAUGAAAAUGCACAGUAUUUUUCAAAAGAGUUAUUGAAAUUGACCAGGAACGUCUCUGAAGUAAACAAACAGACCAACUUGAAUUCAAAAUCUCUUCAGGACCUCUCAUCUGAAGAAAAAAAGCUCGCGUUCCAAAUCAAGCAAUUAUUUCAAGAUAAAGGAGAUCUAGAGAAUAAACUGAAUGUCUUGAAAAACCAUUUCAAUAUAACAGUUACGAAUUUUGAAGAUAUGAAAGAUAAUCAGAAAGAAAUAUCAAAUGAUUUAAUGAACAGCGUGUUUCAGAUUUCUGCACUCUCUGCGGCUUUGAAUACCACAAACGAAGGUUUAGGAAGUCUUAACAAUUCUUUUUCUGAAAAGUGGACUGAUUUCAAAGAGCAAGCUCAAUUAUUUUGCAAAGAGAGUUUAAAUCAGACCGAGCAAUUGAACAACAUAACAGCCACUGUAGAUGACCUUCAAAUUAAAGUACAUACAAUAGGAAAUACAGAGGAGUUGAGGCUGACUUUUCAGAAUCUGCAAGAUGUGUUGCUUUCAUUAAAAAACGUGACAGUUGAUCAACAAGCGCUGUCAGGAACCCAACAAAACCUGAUUUCGUCCUUGAUGAAGAACGUCUCUGACCACGAGCAAAGAUUAACAAACAUGUCUGCCGAACUGAAUUCAAACACGAUUAGUAUAAUCUCUAUACAAGGUGAUAUAACAACAUUAAUAAAUGUGAACAGAGAUCAAAACAGAUCAAUCUCCGAAAGAAAUCUAGAGAGGACCCAACGACCUACGGAACAAUUGCGUGUUCGGUUGGUUGGAGGAAGCUCUGCCAGUGAAGGACGAGUGGAGGUUUAUUACAAUAACACCUGGGGGACAAUCUGUGAUGACAACUGGGAGAGCUCUGACGCUAGAGUUGUUUGUAGAAUGCUUGGGUACACAAGGACUUAUACUGGAUUUGAACAAGCUCGUUACGGACAAGGUUUAGGACCGAUCUGGUUGGACGAGGUCGGCUGCUCAGGAUCAGAGUCCACAAUAUUUUCCUGUAGUCACGGUGGAUGGGGAGUUCACGACUGUUCUCAUGGCGAAGACGCAUCUGUUGUGUGCAAGAUCAACACCAUGGAUAAAAUAAAUGUAUAUCAGAUAAUUUUCUUGAAUAAUAUUCUAAGCACACUUGUGACUUGUCAAGUGAUAUAUACAUUACCAUUGCAAAAUCGGAAUGUAAUUGACUCUACCAUUGACAAACAAAUAAAUACAGCAAGGGAUUUCAUGGUUGAAGGUUUGUCAAACUUUGGAAACGAUGUCAACAGGAAACUUGAUGAUUUACGGAUUGAUAUGAAGCAUCGAGAUAUGGAAAUCUCGGAGGAAAUCAACAAAUUAAAACAAUUGUUAAUGCCACACGGAUUUGCCCAGGACGCCCAAUCACGAAACGGAGACAAUAUACAUCAGAGUGAUGACGAAUUGUCAUCGAGAUUGGCGUCAUUAGAGGCAGGAAUAAAACGAGUGUCCAAAGAGAGUAAAAGCGAAGUUAGAGAUCUCAGGCGGAAAAAUAAGAUUCUAGAAAAUGAGAAUAGAAUGUUGUCGUCACGUCUUGAUGCAACACAAGCAAUUCUCAUGUUAAUGUCGGAAAAAAAAUUCCUCAAUAUAAAUGAGUCGGAUGAUUUUGAUAAUUUGAACCUUGUUCAGAAGAUUAACACCAUGGAAGACAAGCUGAAUUAUCUUAAUGACUCUAUUCAGGAAAAAAGUAACUCAAAUGAUGAAGCUGAUGAGUUAAACAUAUUAAAAAAUGAACUUCAAUCUGUAAAAUUGAAUCUGUCCGAAGUAAAAAACGAUUUCGACCAAUCAAAGACUUUCAGUGAAAUUCAAAGUCGGCAGAUUGCAGAGGUUCGAGAGUGCCAAACUAUUUUUCAGGACACUUUGAACAUUCUUGAAAAAAAUACCUCCAUCAUUUGGACGUAUACAAGUAAUCUAAGCCGAGAACUUCAGGAACUGGGGGAUACGAAAGCUAACGUUUCCAUCAUUGAAGGUAUUACGCUGGUUAUUGGAGAAAAAUUUCAGAGGUUACAAGACGACUUUUCAGUCCUAACAGUCGUGUCGAACAAUCUCUCCUUUCAAGUUAAUUCAACUGAAGAACAAAUAAAAGAUCUCUUAAGGGUUUCAGGAGCUAAUAACAUAUCUCAAAUAAUUCUGGAAAGAAACCUUAAAGAAGAAAUUGACGUUUUACGAAAAAAUAUAUCCUCUAUAGUUAUGUCUAGUCAACUGGAAUCAAAUGAAAGAACAAAUCUUCGACAUAUUAACGAGCAACGUUUUUCGAACAUCACCUAUGUAAUGGAGAAUAUUCAAACCCAGAUGAAUUCUACAGUUCAACAACUAACGAUACUUGAAGCAGAGAAAGAACGUGUUUCGAUUUUGAUCGAGAACGUCACUGAUCACAAAAGCAGUCUUCAGGAUGUUGUCAACGGAAUGCAAUCAAACAGCAGAACUAUUUCUGACAUCCAGAGCAAUAUUACAGCUUUAACGAAAAUAACUGAGGUCCUAAAUAGGUCAUUAUCGCAACAAAUGUCAGAGGAGACCCAACAAAAAAGAAACACGUUGAUCCUUGGAGUAAAACUUCAGAAUCUACAGGACGAUUUAUCUGCUCUGACAGUCGUGUCGAAUAAUCUGAUGAGUCAGUUCAACUCGACUGAAGAUCGAAUAGAGGAUCUGCAAAGAAUAUCUAAAGAGAAAAACAAUUCUGAUAUAAUUCAGAAACGAAAUCUAGCAGAGAAAAUUGAAUCAAUACAACAAAAUGUAUCCUCUUUAGCCAUUUCCGUUCAGUUGGAAUCGAAUGAAAGAAAAGAUCUUCUUAAAAUUCAAAAACAACGAUAUUUGAACAUUACGAAUGUGAUAGAGAGUAUUCAAUUCCAGAUGAAUUCUACAGUUCAUCAACAAAUGGCACUUGAAGCAGAUAAAGACCAUCUUUUAUUAUUGAAAAAGAACAUCACUGAUCACGAACAGAGGAUUGGGAACAUUGUAACCAUAGCGCAGUCAAACAGCGACACUUUAUCACGUAUCCAGAGCAAUAUAACAGCAUUAAUGGAAACAACUGGAGCACUGAAUAGGUCAUUUUCGCGGCUAAUUACAGAGAGAAACCAACAACAACUGCUUGUUCGGUUGGUUGGAGGACGCGCCGCUGGAGAGGGACGAGUGGAGGUUUACCACUCCAAUGCGUGGGGAACAAUAUGCGAUGAUAAUUGGAGCAGCUCUGACGCAAGAGUUGUUUGUAGAAUGCUGGGAUACUCAGGAUCUUACACUGCCUACUCAAGCGCUCAUUUCGGACAAGGUGUAGGACAGAUCUGGUUGGACGAGGUUGGCUGCUCAGGAUCAGAGUCCACAAUAUUCUCCUGUAGAAGCAGUGGAUGGGGUGUUCAUGAUUGUUCUCAUGGUGAAGAUGCAUCCGUCAAGUGCACUUAAAAUGUCCAAUUGUGAUAACAAUAUUGCUAUUUUUGCCAUCAAAUUUAAGAGGUUUCUAUGUUUCAUUCAUAUUUACCUGUUCUUCUAUUUGUUCGCAGUUUCUUUUCAAUUCUGUAAAUAUUUAGAAAUCUGCAUUAAAUGUGAAGUGCUUGAUAUGGCACGCCAAAUUCACAAAAAUGAGCUAAACAUUGUUUC